GAGUUUCCCUUGUAUUGUAUCACUUCGGCCAUCUGUAAAACCACCACCAAAGCGGACGCUGGAGUGUGGGAAAACCCCUGCUGGUUCGUCCGCUCCCGUCAGAUCGGAUCGAUCACUCGACGAGACCUCUCACCUCCUCCGCCAGUCGCCAUGGCGGCGCUGCUGCUGCGUAGGCUUGCCGGGACCCACCGCGGCCGUGUGCCGCUGGGGGCCGCCGCCGCCGCCGCCUGCGGUGGAGCCGCGCUCUUCUACGCCUCGUCUUCCCCCACCGUUGCGUACCUGGAGGAGAAGGGCGAAGCCGCUGAGAAAGUUGCACUUAACCCUGAUAAGUGGUUAGAGUUCAAGCUACAAGACAAGGCAACGGUUAGCCACAACUCGCAGUUAUUCAGGUUUUCAUUUGAUCCAUCAACUAAGCUGGGACUUGAUGUUGCCUCGUGCCUCAUCACAAGGGCACCUAUCGGUGAGGAAGUUGAGGGAAGAAGAAAAUUUGUGAUUCGACCGUACACACCUAUCUCUGAUCCAGAUUCUAAAGGAUAUUUUGACCUAUUGAUCAAGGUUUAUCCUGAUGGGAAAAUGAGUCAGUAUUUUGCAAGUUUGAAGCCAGGAGAUGUUCUGGAAGUCAAAGGGCCCAUUGAAAAGCUCAGAUACAGCCCAAACAUGAAAAAACAAAUUGGGAUGAUUGCUGGUGGUACUGGUAUAACCCCAAUGCUGCAGGUUGUCAGGGCUAUCCUCAAAAACCCUGAUGACAACACUCAGGUCUCCUUAAUUUAUGCCAACGUGUCACCAGAUGAUAUCUUGCUCAAAAGAGAACUGGAUAGACUUGCCAAUAGCUAUCCUAACUUCAAGGUAUUUUAUACAGUUGAUAAACCGUCAACUGACUGGAGGGGUGGUGUUGGUUUUGUAUCAAAGGACAUGGUUUUGAAAGGUUUGCCAGGCCCUGCGGAGGACUCUCUGAUUCUUGUUUGUGGUCCACCAGGAAUGAUGAAUCACAUAUCUGGAGACAAGGCCAAGGAUAGAUCACAGGGCGAGGUCUCUGGCAUUCUGAAAGAUUUAGGAUACACGGCAGAGAUGGUAUACAAAUUCUGAGAAGACAGUAGAUUCUGCUGACAUACACAUACUUGCUGCCCGGCAGCAGUCAAUAAAACACACCUGAACUUUUUGUUAUUGUUGCAGCGUCUGGCUCUGAACUGGAAACAGUUUUGACUUGUUUCCUUUUGUAAUAAUGUUCGUCAGAGAAUUCUAGUUCUAGGUUCUGAGUUAUCGCUGAGCUGAUGGCUGCAGUGAUCUGCAGAUGCCACGCUGCGAUGUUUACGAAAAAUCGAGUAUGCUGGCACUUGAGAUAAAGCUACCGAUUUCUAGUGGACAGUUGCAGUGAAUUCUAGCAUGUUGGAUGUUGGAACCCAGCCAUUUGUGGCAAUCAUUAGCACAUCAGCAGCAGUAAGGAGCUUGGAUGCUGCGUGUGGUCGCGCUCAAGUUCUGCGGUCUGUGCUGCUGGUGCGAUUGUGCUGUGGCAUCUAGGAACUCGUUGCCGUAUGGUGGAUGUCGUAAUCGUGGGAGGAACUGGUUACCA